GUAAUAUCUAUAUGUCUUCAUGUUAAGUUUUCAACUAACACGACAGCGGUGCUAUGAUUCGGACCGUUGUUUGUUUUCUGAUACUUUGCUUACACUGUGAAGUUAUUUCUAGUUACAAGAGAGUCUGCUUCUUUACGAACUGGUCACAAUAUCGGCCCGGUAUUGGAAAAUAUACGGCGGAUAAAAUUGAUCCAUUUUUAUGUACCCAUGUAAUUUAUGCAUUUGGCAAAGUGUCCGGGAAUACUAUCCAGCCAUAUGAAGAGAAUGACAUCACACAAUCCAGUAAAGGUCAGUAUGAAAUGGCUAAUGAACUAAAAUUAAUAAAUCCGGAAUUAAAAGUUCUCUUAGCUAUUGGCGGAUGGAAUCAUGGAAGCGGACCAUUUUCUACAUUAGUUUCCAACCAGUCAAACAUGGAUGCAUUCUCAGAGAACUCAUUGAAUUAUCUCAGAACACAUGGUUUUGACGGCCUUGACAUUGACUGGGAGUAUCCUGGUAGCAGAGGUAGCCCUCCAAAUGACAAAUAUAGAUUUACAACAUUAGUUAAGACAUUACGUUUAAAGUAUGACAAUGAAGAGUUGACAUCCGGGAGGUCACAACUGUUAUUAACAGCUGCUGUUUCAGCAGGCAGAGGAACAGUAGAAUCUGCUUAUGAAAUCGACAAAAUAUCACUGUAUUUGGAUCUUAUAAAUUUAAUGACAUACGAUUUUGUUGAAGAUUAUAACACAGUAACAAGCCACCACAGUCCAUAUAAUGACUCAGCAAUUGUUGACUUCAACGUUGAUUAUGCAGUUAAAAUGUGGUUAGAUGGAGGAGCACCGAAAGAAAAACUGAUCAUGGGGUUUCCUACAUACGGAAGGUCUUUCACAUUGAGUAAUACCAUGAACACAGGUUUAGGGGCGCCAUCUAUUGGUCGCGGUACAGCUGGACCUUAUACAAGAGAGAGCAGUGUGUUGGCUUAUUAUGAGAUAUGUUCCAAAAUACAAACAGAGAACUGGACAGAGGUGUGGCUUGAAAAACAACAAGUACCAUAUGCAUAUCAUGGAAACCAGUGGGUUGGAUUUGAUAAUCUUAGAAGUAUCGAAAUAAAGGUAAACUACAUAAUAGCAAACGAUUUAGGAGGGGCUAUGGUAUGGGCUAUUGAUCUUGAUGAUUUUAAUGGGAUCUGUGGAAAUGGUGCCUACCCAUUGACUAGUAAAAUGAAAAAUAUGUUCAACGCUUCUUCUCAUGAUUAUAUUUCAACACCAAUAUCAUCAACUGCAGGUAUAACUACUCUUAUAACAUCUGAUGACACUCUUACAGAAACCAUAUAUACAUCUACAGAAAGAUUUUCCAAUGACAUAUUCUCAACUAAAGAUACUACAACAACUCCAGUAUCUAGUAAAACUGAUAAACCAACCAGUCAUUCAACUCAAGAUAUUAUCUUCACGAGAGAAUCAACAGCUCAUGAUGUCCCUACUGAUAGCCCUACUCAAAUAAAAACUGAUAAACCAACCAGUCAUUCAACUCAAGAUAUUAUCUUCACGAGAGAAUCAACAGCUCAUCAUGUCCCUACUGAUAGCCCUACUCAAAUAAAAACUGAUAAACCAACCAGUCAUUCAACUCAAGAUAUUAUCUUCACGAGAGAAUCAACAGCUCAUCAUGUCCCUACUGAUAGCCCUACUCAAAUAAAAACUGAACGAACAACCAGCUAUACAUCAGAUACAAAUAUGGAAUCAACAAACAAAGCAACAAAUCAAUCCAGUGAAAUGCAAAACACAUCGACAGAGAGGCUGAAUUCAACAGUCACAGAAUUAACCACAAAGUCAGAACAAUUUGAUUGGACAAAUAAAAUGUCGACAGAAGUAUCGCCAUCUACCACCGAAUUGUUGACAACAUUCAAUAACUCUUUAUUACCAACAGUUAUAGCUAACAUUUCAUCUGCUGAAACAACCGAAUCAGUAACGACAGAUUCAGAAUCAACCUCGGUGACAGAAACAGACAAUACAGAUGUUACUGUAUCAAAAAGUUCCUCAACAACUUCUAAGUUAAAGUCACCAGAUUCACAAGAAUAUUCUAGAGAUUUAGUGAAAGAUUUGGACAACAAAUAUAUUAUUUUUGGUUUGGCAGGACUGCUGUUUUUAUCUAUGCUAUGUAAUAUUGGUCAAUGUUUGCUUUCGCGAAAAGAAGACGGUGACGAGAACUGUUCUUGUAUCCGAAAACACAAACAGACUUUACAUCUGACUCAGUUAUGACCAAAGAUAUCCAUACGAUGUAUUUGAUAAGGGAUUUUUCGUUUUGAAUUUUCCUCGGAGUUUCUUAUUUUUGUGAUUUUCUUUUUCAAUAUCAUUUGGAUCAAUUCUAUACCUAUUCUUCAUUAAACUAUAAUUGAUUUACAGCUGCACUUUGUGAGAUUUUAUGUUUAGUUUAAAGAGGCAGUGGACAUAUUGAAUGUUGAAUAAACGGAAAAUAGAAGGAACACGUCUUCGUUAGUCUUCCCAAAGAAGGAAUACGUCUUCGUUAGUCUUCCCAUAGAAGGAACACGUCUUCGUUAGUCUUCCCAUAGAAGGAAUACGUCUUCGUUAGUCUUCCCAUAGAAGGAACACGUAUUCGUUAGUCUUCCCAUAGAAGGAAUACGUCUUCGUUAGUCUUCGCAUAGAAGGAACACGUCUUCGUUAGUCUUCCCAUAGAAGGAACACGUCUUCGUUAGUCUUCCCAUAGCCCUGACAUCGCUAAUAGAUGUCGUUAUACAAUAACAUUGUCGUGUACAGAUGAACAAUUUUCUAAAUGUUUUAAUUAAACAGUUUGGUCAUUAUAA